AAACACAAACACAUUGCUUACUACAUCUUACAACACACACACUCAAGAACACAGAGUAAUAACAAGAAAAAAAAACGUGCCGAAUAUGGCGAAGGAUAUCGAGGGAGGAGCCGCCGCUCAUGAAUACGGGGCGAAAGACUACCACGACCCACCGCCAGCACCACUCAUCGACUCCGAAGAGCUAACCAAAUGGUCUCUAUACAGAGCCGUAAUCGCCGAGUUCACCGCCACCCUUUUGUUCCUCUACAUCACGGUCCUAACCGUGAUCGGCUACAAGAGCCAGAGUGCCGCCGACGGCUGUGGCGGCGUAGGCAUUCUAGGCAUAGCGUGGGCCUUUGGCGGCAUGAUCUUUGUCCUCGUUUACUGCACAGCCGGAAUCUCCGGCGGGCACAUCAAUCCAGCUGUCACAUUCGGGCUGUUCUUGGCCAGAAAGGUGUCUCUCGUGAGAGCUGUGCUGUACAUUAUAGCACAGUGCUUGGGGGCUAUCUGCGGGUGUGGAUUGGUUAAGGCUUUUCAGAAGAGUUACUAUGUCGAGCAUGGCGGUGGGGCGAACGAGCUGGCGUUGGGGUAUAGUAAAGGCACUGGACUCGCGGCGGAGAUUAUCGGAACUUUCGUUCUUGUUUACACCGUGUUCUCUGCUACUGAUCCCAAGAGAAGUGCUAGAGACUCCCAUGUUCCUGUUUUGGCACCGCUUCCGAUUGGGUUUGCUGUGUUCAUGGUUCACUUGGCCACAAUCCCGAUCACCGGAACUGGAAUCAAUCCGGCGAGGAGUUUCGGAGCUGCGGUGAUAUAUGGAAAAGAUAAGGCAUGGGAUGAUCAGUGGAUUUUCUGGGUUGGACCAUUCAUCGGAGCUGCCAUUGCUGCAAUCUACCAUCAGUAUAUUCUAAGGGCUGGGGCAGUUAAAGCUCUGGGAUCAUUCAGGAGCUCUUCUUACAACUGAGAAUCACUUCGAAUUGUAUAAAAAUUGGAAAUGUGUGAACUGCUCUCCUUCUUCUUCUGUUUUCUUCUUCUGUUUUCAUUUCUCUUUUGAUUGUACUUUGGCACUGAAUUAUGGUGCUUUCAGCAUCAAAAAGCAAUAAAGUUUCAUCAAGUGUUCAAAUGUUUUUGCUCCUUGUUCAUAAUAUUGGAUAUGUUUCU